UGGUGGAGACUUGGCUAGGCGGCCUCCACCUGCUGGAGACGGGGCCGGGGCGGAGUUAAGAUGCGGAGGGAGGUGACGCAGGAGCCGCUGGGCGCCGGAUCCCACCCUGCUGCAGGCCCAGACCGCGGCAGGCUCCUCAGGCUGCCAGUAGGUUAAAAAUGGUCUCUGGGAUGGCCUCUGCCAUGCUCUGUGGCCUGGUGUUUUGGUUGGCAUUUGGAUGGACUUCAACAUCUGCUUAUAGCCCUCGGAGUUCUGACAGGGUCUCAGAAACAGACAUCCAGAGGCUACUCCAUGGUGUUAUGGAGCAGUUGGGCAUUGCCAGGCCACGAGUAGAAUAUCCAGCUCACCAGGCCAUGAAUCUUGUGGGCCCACAGAACAUCGAAGGUGGAGCCCAUGAAGGUCUGCAACACUUGGGUCCUUUCGGCAACAUUCCCAAUAUCGUGGCAGAGUUGACUGGUGACAACAUUCCUAAGGACUUUAGUGAGGAUCAGGGCUACCCAGACCCUCCAAAUCCCUGUCCCAUUGGAAAAACAGUAGAUGAUGGAUGUCUAGAAAACACCCCCGACACAGCAGAGUUCAGUCGAGAAUUCCAGUUGCACCAGCACCUUUUUGAUCCGGAACAUGACUAUCCAGGCUUGGGCAAGUGGAACAAGAAACUCCUUUAUGAGAAGAUGAAGGGAGGACAGAGACGAAAGCGGAGGAAUGUUAAUCCUUACCUGCAAGGACAGAGACUGGACAAUGUUGUCGCAAAGAAGUCGGUCCCCCAUUUUUCAGAUGAGGAUAAGGACCCAGAAUAAAGUGAAGAAGCUGGAUGGAAACCUUCACUAUUAGGCCUCAGUAUUGCUUAUGUGCAUGUGCUAUUAGAGCCCCCAUGAAUGGCAGCAUGUUUCUUAUUUAGGCAAUUAGGAAUGAAAAGCAACUGUAUUUUUGAUAUUGCAUUGUCAGUAACACUGAUGGUUCUGCUUUCUGCUAAAUUAGGAUAAGAGGCUUUUGUGGAUGUGUGUGUGUGUACCUGCAAUGAGCAUUAAAAUUAAAAUGUAUAUGUCAACAACAAUAAAGGCGAGACUGUAAAUGAAAUGCCCUCAGAUUUGUUGUAGUUUACAAUGGUGUUACAGGGCUGUACUACUCUGGCCAAGUCUGUAAAAAAGCUGGCAUUUGACUUUAAUUAUGUAGUUCUUCUAGCCCUUGGACAUUGCUACACAGCAAUAAGUAAGAAAGUACCCACAAGCAGGAGUUGACACAUUUCACUUAGCUGUAUCUUAAUAAAUAUGUGUGCAAGCA